AUGCGCCACACUGAGUAUAAUAACACCGGCCGGCAAUGCGCUCACACUGAGUAUAAUAACACCGGCCGGCAAUGCGCUCACACUGAGUAUAAUAACACCGGCCGGCAAUGCGCUCACACUGAGUAUAAUAACACCGGCCGGCAAUGUGUAGCGAUGUCAGCUAGCAGGGAUUGCAGUCAGGGUGCUGGCUGUAUGUGUACAGGAAUGAUUACAUAUUAAAUUAUAUGACCCUGGUUGAUAUCCCCUCCGCUAACAUGGUAACACAGUUAAUCUAUGCGGUGACAACCGUUUCCAAUCUUGUCAUGGUGCCAGGGAGGACUACUAAAACUGCACUUUAAACAGCUAUUUUGCUGCCCAAAUAAAUAAAAAUCACUCGUUUAGUUAUUACACCAAAAAGAAAUACUAACUAAACAUGCAUUCAUUUAAAAGGAAACUAUAGUGUAACAAGGUUAAUAGAUAAAAGAGCCAAGUUCUCUUGUAAUACAUGAAAACAUAGGGUUGCCACCUUUCUUGGAAAAAAGUACAGGCCAUGCUAAUUUGCAUACUUAAAUAUGUAUGUGUGAUGUCACUGGACACAACAUCACAAGAUGUUGCGUAACAUUUGGUAGCGGAAAGUUACAUACAGACAUACAGUGAUAUACAGACACAGACAUUCGGAUACAGUCAUAGACACUGUCAUACAUAGACAUACAGACACCAACAAACACAGUCAUCCCAUUGUACAGCGCUACGGAAUCUGAUGAUGCUAUAUAAAUAUAAUACAGAGACAUACAGUCUUACAGAGACAUACAGACACUGUCGUACACAGACAUUUAAACUCAGGCAUACAAUUAACAUAUAAAUUUACAACAAACAUUUAUUUUUAUGUCCCUAGGUGAUCCCAUCUUCAUUACUGGCAGGUCUACUCUCCCUCUAUAAAUCCUCCCUGCAGAGACCUGGCUACUUUAAGUAGUUUACCUCUCUGUGUCUGUUUGUGGAGGGGGGCAGGGGUGAAUAUUGCAGGGCUGUGAAAAGCUGCUCUGCCUGUUAACCACUUCAGUGCGGGGAAGGCAGGCAAGAGGUAGCCAAAGCACACUCAGAGCUUUAGUGAUUUAGGGCAGGACUUGACAAAUCCCAGGUUGCCAUGGCGACUCAAAAUUUCGCCCUGGUGCCUGGGAUUUGUCAACUUUUUACCGGCUGGGCAAACAAUGGGGCCGGCAGCCCUGGGGAGUAUGUAGCCGACCGCCCUGGAGAGCAUGAAAGCGGCCUGCUCAGAGAUCGUGGAGGCGUCUGCCCUAGACUGCAUGGAGACAGCAGGCUGGGGCAGCGCACGUGGGAGCAGUCUACCUGCGGCUCCUCUCUGCUCCCUUGCUCUGUACAGUGAUACGGGUGCCAGAAUAUGACGUAAUUCUGGCCCCGGCAUCACUACAGACAGUGCGAGGGAGUAGAGAGGAGCGGCAGGUAGAAUGCUCCCUCGCACACAGGAAGAGCAGCCCCACUUGACCUCAGGGAAAGAUCCACUCAGCUCUUCUAAAGGUAGGGAGGCUGGAUUUAAAUAAAAAAUGUAAAUUUGUGACAGUGUGUAUGUGUGUGUCUGUCAGUGUGUGUGUGUAUGUCUUUGUCAACUUGUCAGUGUGUAAGUGUGUGUCUGUUUAGGUACCUGCCCCUCUGAUCACAGGAGAGAUGUUUUUACUCACCUUUUUUUUCCAACUCUGUGCUGGUUUCGCCGUGGCUUGUCCCGCCUCCAUAGUUGAGAUCAUCAACAUUUAUGAUCUCAGCUAAGCCAAUGCUUUCACAUAGAAAAGCAUUGAGAGGAUAUUGCACAUGUUCUCUAUGGGAAGCAUUAAGAGCCUCCAUACUGAGCACUUACACAGGACUCUGCGUUUACAUUGAAAAGGCUAUAGACACCAGAACAACUACAUUAAUCUGGAGUGGUUCUGGUGACUCAAGUGUCCCAUUUAAAAAAAAAAAAAAUUGGUUCCUUACUAUUUUAGCUGGCUCCUAGAUUCCAAACAAAUUUGUCAAGCUCUGCUUUAAAGGUCUAGAGCCAGGGGUCCUCAAACUAUGGCCCGCGGGAAGGAAGAAAUACAGGCCGCAAGGACGGAAGAGCGACUCCCAUCAGCCACAGCCACCCUCCUGCAAAAAAAAGUAAGAUAAAUUAGCUGUCUGUAUGUCAGUAUGUGUAUAUGUAUGUCAGUAUGUGUGUGUGUGUGUUUGUAUUUCAGUAUGUCAGGAUGUAUGUAUGUGUGUCAGUAUGUACGUGUUUAUAUGUAUAUAUCCGUAUGUAUUUCUAUAUGUAUGUGUGUCAGUUUGUGUGUAUGUAUUUCAGUGUGUGUUUGUAUGUGUCUCUGUGUGUGUCAGUAUGUAUGUGUUUGUAUGUAUGUGUCUGUAUGUAUUUCAGUAUGUAUGUCCCCAUGCGUGUUUGUGUCUGAAUGUAUGUUAGUGUGUGUCUGCAUGUGUCUGUUUCGGUACGUAUAGGAAUUUGUUCAAAUUUUUUUUAAACUAUAGUCUGGCCCUCGACAGUGUCUCAGGGACAGUGAACUGGCCCCCUGUUUAAAAAGUUUGAGGACCCCUGGUCUAGAGUGUCCCUUUACAUUUGAAAUUAUUUGUGAAUUCCCUGCAGUUCUCACUUUAGUGAAUAUGUUUGACAGAAACGUACUGCUCAUGUCUUAAAAUACUCCAUAAAUGAACAGGCUGCGCCUCUAUAUUCUUUAAUAUAAAGUCUUUGUUUACAUUUCAGUGUGUAUAGGAGUGUGGCACUCUGCCAGAACAAGUACCAGUAUCCCACCACAGACCACUGGCUCAACCAAGAAACCUCUUAAAAAACCGAAAACACCGCAAGGGCGAUUUGAUGAAACUGAACAGUCUAGUGUGCAGAAAGACUCUCUAGAAAGUAAGAAUAUAACUACUUUACCAAAUGUUACCCAAUUCGAAAAGAAAUCCACUUUGUAUGUGCAUUGUCUACAUUUAUAUAUAGAUGUUUGUGUUGCAAAACUGUCCUACCACUUUAAUUUCCCACAUCUGCUUUACAGUGAACACAGCCUCCCAUUGCUGUCUCACUCUUGGACCAUCCUUUCUACCCACUUGCUUGGCAAUCUUCAGGCAACAGUUAUUGCAUCCUGAGGAAAGUGUUUUAUAUACUUUUAUUUGGCCUAAUUUUUUUUCUAGAAUAGUUGAACCAUGUGGGGUUUAAAGGGUUACUCCAACUCUUAAUGUCUAAGUUUUUAAAUGAAUAAUACUUUAUUUGGCAUUAUUCUUUAGGAUGCUUCCUAAAAAGUUUUAUUUACCUGAACUUCAGUGCCAGGCGAAGUUACCGGUGUGACUUUCUAAGCCCUUUCCUGCCAUAACAGCAGCUGCGUGAGGUACAAUCUAAGGCUUCACAUAGAGAAGCCUUUGAUUGGACCAUUUAACAAGCUCAGAACAUGCGUUCUGACCUGGGGAGAGGGAGGAGGAAAAGUUUAAAAAAACAGAAGGGCUGCCCACAGGGAUGGAGAGGAUAUCCUUGCUUCCCGUUGCAGGCAGGAGAAGCUCAAUACGUCGCCAGUGUGCAGUGCAAGUUGAACACAUAGGUAUUUUAUGAGUUUACAGUAGGCAGUCUGGAACAGGCUUUUGGGCUGAAUAAGUUCGGUGUCACGAGUGCCAAUAUCUUAUUGUGUGCAUUGUUUCAUUCAGAAACACUUCACAUACUGACUCCUACCAUCAUGACCAGUUCUAAAAGCAGAAAUGGCCAUGGUGUUUGUAGUGUUCCCUUAAGAAAGUUCUGCAAUUUGUCAUUUUAAGAAAACUAAUAUUUUCAACACUAAAUAGAGGAUGAUCCCAAAACCAGCAGUCACUGCAGUAUACGAUUUUGACGAUUCCUAAAUAAACUGCAAUUAAUUGGAGAUAUAUAAAGUUUUUAUUGAUAUUUUUUGUUUCAAUACAACAAGAGAAUCGACAGAAAAGUGAUGUUGAAACUAUGUAUGUGCACAUAUCCAGAAAGACCCAAAAUGAAACUAAGAAACAAGAUUUCCAAAAUAUGAAAGAACUGGGCUUUCUCCCCAACUCGUAGUGGUAUAUAGACAAGCAAGAUGGGGAAAGAAUGAAAGUGAAAGCAGAUAAGGAGCCAAGUUCAAGUUAAUGUGAAGCAGAUCUCCCCCCAUGGAUCCCCACAACACUCCAUCUAGUUUCGGGAGUAUAAAAAAGAGAAGGAAGGGAGAUGCAAAUUAGGACCCAGAAGGGGAAAUACCUCCAUCCAAGGGGAUUCUUUUUUCAGAAAUUGGUCAGUGGUUUAAUUAAUGGCUACAGUCAACUACUCCAUUUUGAUCAGGUAUGACCUUUUAGCAUGUGCCUGGGAGAGCUGCACGACUUUCUAGUAUUUAGCUAAACAGAUCCUAAGAGCAGAUAAGUUUAUGGGCUAUUCAAGAGUGCCAACCAUGGGUCAGGAACUAGUUAAGUCUAGGCACUAUAGUAAUUAGGUAAAAUGGACUCCCACAAUGGUUUAAUCUUAGGACAUGGCCACCAGGACUGCAAGUACGUACCCUCCUCACCACAACUGCGGAAGCAGUCGCCUAAUUUUAGCUAGUCAAGAGUGGUGAAAUGGCCAACACCAUAAAGCAGUUCUUGAUAUGCAUUGCAGAUGUUGGUGUCCACCUUCAAGCUCCUCAUCCAAGUCAGUCUCCCACUUAGAAGUAUACUGUGGUUGGUGUAGAUAAAUCAGUAAGACUACAUCAGACUACAGUAAAGAAUGGAGCCCUAUUUUCUUAUGGAAAUGUCAGAUGGAUUAUAGAAAGCAGGUUCCCCCAAACGGAUAAGCUUGUAAGAAUUUCCACUUAAAGUAGAGAAGUUGGUUAGCCCGGGAGAAUUCAGACAAUGGAAGUUGGUGCUUCUCCACAAAAUCCUGGGCCGUUAGAUGUCGUUUCUUGUGGAUUCCUCUCUGGACCACCAUUUGAAUGCUGAGGGGAAAUUCUCUUGGCAACUCCUGGUUAAACAAUAGAGUGAACACUGUUACUCUGUGCGGAGAGACCACCCACAACCCUGUAUUUCUCUCAAAGCUGUAAGUAGUGCAAUACAAUGGGGAAAUAUAUAUUUUAGAUAUAGGCAAAGGAGGCCAUGCCUCAUCUGUUAGGUUGAGGGAAGCAAACAGGUAAGCAUUGCCAAGGUAGUCUCAGCACUGGAAAAAGGUGAGUAAAUCUUAGAUUUUUUAUUUUAUUUUAUUUGAAUGCACCUGAUACCUUAGUAAGAGUAGAGACAGGGACACUGUAGCAUUAGGAAUACAGAUGUGUAUUCCUAGUGCAAUAGUGUUCCUUUAAACACUAGCCUGUGGUGCAUGGGUCUAAAGUAGCCAAGCUAUUAUAGCGGAGUUGGAUAUUUUUUCCAAAUCUGCUAUUAGUGCCUCUAAUUCGUUUUAAUGUGGUAUAGUUGUGCGUUUAGUAAAUAACCAUAAUACAUAUCCCAUGAGUCUGCCUAUGUGAGAGGGUCAGUAUGGGUUGUGCAAAUAUUUUAUAUCUGAACCUCUAGUGCUUCAUCUAUGUACUGGUAUGUACAUUUGUUUUCUUUGUAUUGUUUUAAAGGAUUCCCAGAUGAUGUCAAUCCCAUAACAAAGGAAAAAGGUGGACCUAAAGGACCAGAGCCUACUCGCUAUGGAGACUGGGAGAGAAAAGGACGCUGUAUAGAUUUCUAA